AUGUCACGAAAACGACCACAAGUAGUUCCUUCUGCUUUUGAAAUUCGCUUCAGUACAACAGAUACGGUGAGUAAAAAGAUUGAUUCAAAAUUUCUAGACGUUUUGUUAUUGUCGCAUGCAUUGAUAAAAGAUUUGCGAGAUCAAAUCUCUUUACAGGGGUUAGAGGUUUUUGAGAUACAACCCGAUCUCAAUCCGCAAGAACAACGUGUACCAGACCCUUUUAAAAAGCGAGAUAAGAUCCCAAGAAAUUCUGGUAUUAUGAAUUCGGAACAAUCUAGCUCAGAUCCUCCCACUAUAAUUAUCAGGCCAAAAUCAAAACAUUAUUUAGGUACCGACAAUAAUUUAAAUAACGGUCCUUUGAAAAAGGGAAUGUCAUCAAUUUCCAAUGGAAUUGAUCAGGCUUCUUCUAUUAAAUCUAAAUCUUGGAAUGCUGUAGGACCGGAGGCGGAUAGAUCACAACAACGCACUAGUAAAAACUUGAAUGUUGAUAGAGUUCACCUCCUUGGUAAUGCUAAUAAUGAUAUGGGCAUGAAUGCUAGUUCAAGGUUGGAAAUUAAGAUGGAAGAUGAUUCGAUUAUACGGAAUGCUCUAUCAAACCAGAAAAAACGACCGUUUAGGGACGAGAGAGGCAAUUUGAGUAAAGAAACCCCUAUUAUGAACUUGAAUGGAAAGACUGGCGCAGUUAAUUCCAAAAAUAAGAAAAAAUCACAAAAAAACACUCUUAAGAAAAAAACAAUAUAUAUGCCAACAAACAACUAUAAGGAUGAAGAAAUAAAAUCUGUGCCCAAAGACGGUAUCGUAACUCCUCCCGAUACACCUCCGCGAUCUCCUCCAAUAACUCCAAAUACUCUACUAGCGCAUUUAGGCGAUAGUUCGAUUACUCCACGCACGUUAGAAGACCCACCUAUAACCCCACCACUCUCAUCUGGUUCAUCAACGUUUAAUGUUAAUGUUUCAUCAACACAGUCUCCAUCAAGGAUUCCUCAGCCACCUUUAAAGAAAUUAAAGGAAUCUCCGAUAGACUCUUUGGAUCAACCAAAGAAACUUAUAAUUCCUCACGAUGAGGUCAUUGUACCUACUGUCGCGAAGAAACUCAAAAUGAAUGGACAAUUGCAUUUUGCAAAUCAUGAUGCAUUACUUGGUUAUAGUGAGGAAUCAGAAAGUAUAUCUCCAACGACGACGUCAGAAAAUGGAUAUGUGGACAUUACAGAGCAAAUGGUUGAUUUAAUCGUUAGUUCUCAAAAAAAACCAGAAAAUGGUUAUGUGGAUAUUACAGAUCAGGUUGAAGAUUUAUUUGAUAAUCCUCAAAAAAAGUCACACAAAAGGCAACAAUCAGUUCCUGAUUCACCACGUCGUCAUCAGCGUUCCCCACGAAAAAAUUCUUCUGCAGGACAUUCACGUAAUUCAAGUACGGCUCAUUACAUCGCUCCUCGCAAACAAAAUCAUCAACAACCGGCUCCAGUUACAAGCAAAGAGCCUCCUAGUCCUUCGAUUACACAGUUUGAAGAUUCUUCAAAUCUUUCUUUUCACGAUAAUGAGCCCCGUUCUUCAAUUUCAUUAACUCCAUCAGAGCCUUCCACAGCUCCAACAACCACAGAAGUCGAAAGUCGUGAAGAAUAUACCGAAAAGAAAGUUGACGAGAUUCUUAUUCCUGCACCCGUACAGAUGCCCUCCGUUGAGUAUAGACCGUAUCCCGUGGAAACCGAUUCU